AUGAUGGAGAGAGCCAACCACAUCAACAUUGCAAUGAUAGAAGAUAUCGGCAACACCAACGGGACGGCCAGAUCAAAGGUCGUCACGGCCAUGGACCAGAACCCGCAGCCGUGCGGCUCCACCGUGAGCUUCCACAACAUCCAGUACAAAGUGCAGCUGAAGAGCGGAUUUCUCUGCAAAAGGAAAACCAGUGCCAGGGAAAUACUGGUCGACCUCAAUGGGAUCAUGAGACCUGGCCUCAACGCUAUUCUUGGACCUACUGGAAGUGGAAAAUCUUCAUUCUUGGAUAUUCUGGCUGCAAGGAAGGAUCCUUCUGGCCUCUCAGGAGAAGUUCUCAUUGACAGAGCGCCACAGCCUCCAAACUUCAAGUGCCUCUCUGGCUAUGUGGUUCAGGAAGACGUGGUCAUGGGCACCCUGACUGUGAGGGAGAAUCUGCGUUUUUCUGCAGCUCUGCGGCUGCCCAGCUGUGUGCCUCAGAGUGAGAAGGAGGCUCGAGUCAAUCAUCUCAUUAAAGAACUGGGUCUCACCAAGGUGGCUGACUCCAAGGUGGGCACACAGAUGACCCGGGGAAUCUCUGGAGGAGAGAGGAAGAGGACAAACAUCGGCAUGGAGUUGAUCAUUGAUCCCUCUGUCCUCUUUCUGGAUGAACCGACCACAGGAUUGGAUGCUAGUACUGCUAACUCUGUCCUGCUGUUACUGAAAAGAAUGGCGAAUCAUGGAAGAACCAUAAUUAUGUCCAUUCACCAACCACGAUACUCCAUCUAUAGACUGUUCGACACUCUGACUCUGCUGGUUAGUGGUAAAAUGGUGUACCAUGGACCAGCACCAAACGCUUUGGACUACUUCGCCAACAUUGGCUACCCCUGUGAGCCACACAACAACCCAGCUGACUUCUUUCUGGAUGUUAUUAAUGGAGACUCCACCGCCACGACCAUGACCAAAGUGCACGGAUCUGAAGAUUUGGACUUCGAGGAGCUCAGCAGCUCCAGGCAGAGCAUCGAGGAGCGCCUGGUAGAGGAGUACAGGAAUAGCAGCUACUCCAGUGACACUAGAGCUGAGCUGGACCGCAUCGUCCAGGAUAAGGAGUGUAUCUUAUGUCCAAAGUCCCGCACCAUCACCUACAACAGCUCCUUCUUCCACCAGCUACGUUGGGUGCUGAAGAGAACCUUUCAGAACCUCAUGCUGAACCCACAAACAUCAGUGGCUCAGUUGGGAGUCAACAUCUUCCUCGCUCUCAUCGUAGGAGCCAUUUUCUUCGGGGUCAAAGAUGAUCAGAGUGGAAUCCAGAACAGGAUGGGCGCCCUCUUCUUCAUCACUACCAACCAGUGUUUCAGCACCGUGUCUGCAGCCGAGCUCUUCAUCAUCGAGAGGAAACUCUUUGUGCAUGAGUACAUCAGUGGCUACUACAGAGUGUCUGUCUACUUCCUCUCUAAGAUCCUGUCUGACAUCACUCUGCGCACCAUCACCUCUGUCAUCUUCAGCUGUAUCGUCUACUUUAUGAUCGGGCUCAAAUUCACAGCAGCAGCCUUUUUCAUUUUCACGCUGACAGUGACUCUUGUGGCCUACACAGCCACAGCCAUGACCAUGGCCAUCUCAGCUGACCAGAGCGUCGUGGCUCUUGCCAACAUCUUCAUGACCAUCACCUUUGUGUUUAUGAUGAUUUUCUCUGGUCUCCUGGUGAACCUUCCCACCAUCAUGGAUUGGCUCGCUUGGCUGAAGUACUUCAGCAUUCCUCGCUACGGCCUCGCAGCCUUGAAGAUCAACGAGUUUGUGGGUUUGAAAUUCUGCGAGGAGGCUGUGAUCCGAAACACCAACAUGUCGGCUACAGUGAGCAACUGCAGCGUGAGCACGGUUGGCCCGACAUGUACAGGAGAGCAGUAUCUGGACUACCUGGGAAUAGAGUACACCACCUGGGGACUGUGGGAGAAUCACGUGGCUUUGACCGUUAUGACGUUCACGUUCCUCAUCAUCGCCUACCUGAAACUGCGCUACAUCAAGAAAUUCACUUAA